AUGAUAGUUUGCCUUUCUCAGUACGGACCGAAGUUGCGUCCCUCUGUUCAUAUCUAUCUAUCUAUCCCAGUCCGUUUGUAUCUAUCUAUCUCAGUCCGUUUGUAUCUAUCUAUCUAUCUCAGUCCGUUUGUAUCUAUCUAUCUAUCUCAGUCUGUUUGUAUCUAUCUAUCUCAGUCUGUUUGUAUCUAUCUAUCUAUCUAUCUAUCUAUCUAUCUAUCUCAGUCUGUUUGUAUCUAUCUAUCUCAGUCUGUUUGUAUCUAUCUAUCUAUCUAUCUAUCUAUCUAUCUAUCUAUCUAUCUAUCUAUCUCAGUCUGUUUGUAUCUAUCUAUCUAUCUCAGUCUGUUUGUAUCUAUCUAUCUAUCUCAGUCUGUUUGUAUCUAUCUAUCUAUCUCAGUCUGUUUGUAUCUAUCUAUCUAUCUAUCUCGGUCAGUUUGUAUCUAUCUAUCUAUCUAUCUCAGUCUGUUUGUAUCUAUCUAUCUCAGUCUGUUUGUAUCUAUCUCUCUAUCUCAGUCUGUUUGUAUCUAUCUAUCUAAGUCUGUUUGUAUCUAUCUAUCUCAGUCUGUCUAUCUAUCUAUCUAUCUAUCUAUCUAUCUAUCUAUCUCUCUAUCACAGUCUGUUUGUAUCUAUCUCUCUAUCUCAGUCUGUUUGUAUCUAUCUCUCUAUCUCAGUCUGUUUGUAUCUAUCUCUCUAUCUCAGUCUGUUUGUAUCUAUCUCUCUAUCUCAGUCUGUUUGUAUCUAUCUCUAUCUCAGUCUGUUUGUAUCUAUCUCUCUAUCUCAGUCUGUUUGUAUCUAUCUCUCUAUCUCAGUCUGUUUGUAUCUAUCUCUCUAUCUCAGUCUGUUUGUAUCUAUCUCUCUAUCUCAGUCUGUUUGUAUCUAUCUCUCUAUCUCAGUCUGUUUGUAUCUAUCUAUCUAUCUAUCUAUCUCAGUCUGUUUGUAUCUAUCUAUCUCAGUCUGUUUGUAUCUAUCUAUCUAUCUAUCUAUCUAUCUCAGUCUGUUUGUAUCUAUCUAUCUCAGUCUGUUUGUAUCUAUCUAUCUCAGUCUGUUUGUAUCUAUCUAUCUAUCUAUCUCUCUAUCUCAGUCUGUUUGUAUCUAUCUCUCUAUCUCAGUCUGUUUGUAUCUAUCUAUCUAUCUAUCUAUCUAUCUAUCUAUCUAUCUCUCUAUCUCAGUCUGUUUGUAUCUAUCUCUCUAUCUCAGUCUGUUUGUAUCUAUCUCUCUAUCUCAGUCUGUUUGUAUCUCUCUAUCUCAGUCUGUUUGUAUCUCUCUAUCUCAGUCUGUUUGUAUCUAUCUAUCUAUCUAUCUAUCUAUCUAUCUAUCUCAGUCUGUUUGUAUCUAUCUAUCUCGGUCUGUUUGUAUCUAUCUAUCUAUCUCGGUCUGUUUGUAUCUAUCUAUCUAUCUCGGUCUGUUUGUAUCUAUCUAUCUCAGUCUGUUUGUAUCUAUCUAUCUCAGUCUGUUUGUAUCUAUCUAUCUCAGUCUGUUUGUAUCUAUCUAUCUCAGUCUGUUUGUAUCUAUCUCUCUAUCUCAGUCUGUUUGUAUCUAUCUAUCUAUCUAUCUAUCUAUCUAUCAGUCGGUUUGUAUCUAUCUCUCUAUCUCAGUCUGUUUGUAUCUAUCUAUCUAUCUAUCUAUCUAUCUAUCUAUCUAUCUAUCUCAGUCUGUUUGUAUCUAUCUCUCUAUCUCAGUCUGUUUGUAUCUAUCUCUCUAUCUCAGUCUGUUUGUAUCUAUCUAUCUAUCUCUCUAUCUCAGUCUGUUUGUAUCUCUCUCUAUCUCAGUCUGUUUGUAUCUAUCUCUCUAUCUCAGUCUGUUUGUAUCUAUCUCUCUAUCUCAGUCUGUUUGUAUCUAUCUAAGUCUGUUUGUAUCUAUCUAUCUCAGUCUGUUUGUAUCUAUCUAUCUCAGUCUGUCUAUCUAUCUAUCUAUCUAUCUAUCUAUCUAUCUAUCUAUCUAUCUAUCUCUCUAUCCCAGUCUGUUUGUAUCUAUCUCUCUAUCUCAGUCUGUUUGUAUCUAUCUCUCUAUCUCAGUCUGUUUGUAUCUAUCUCUCUAUCUCAGUCUGUUUGUAUCUAUCUCUCUAUCUCAGUCUGUUUGUAUCUAUCUCUCUAUCUAUCUAUCUAUCUCAGUCUGUUUGUAUCUAUCUAUCUAUCUCAGUCUGGUUGUAUCUAUCUCUCUAUCUCAGUCUGUUUGUAUCUAUCUAUCUCAGUCUGUUUGUAUCUAUCUAUCUAUCUCAGUCUGUUUGUAUCUAUCUAUCUAUCUAUCUAUCUAUCUAUCUCAGUCUGUUUGUAUCUAUCUCUCUAUCACAAUCUGUUUGUAUCUAUCUAUCUCAGUCUGUUUGUAUCUAUCUAUCUAUCUAUCUAUCUCAGUCUGUUUGUAUCUAUCUCUCUAUCUCAGUCUGUUUGUAUCUAUCUAUCUAUCUAUCUAUCUAUCUAUCUAUCUCUCUAUCUCAGUCUGUUUGUAUCUAUCUCUCUAUCUCAGUCUGUUUGUAUCUCUCUAUCUCAGUCUGUUUGUAUCUAUCUAUCUAUCUAUCUAUCUAUCUCAGUCUGUUUGUAUCUCUCUAUCUCAGUCUGUUUGUAUCUAUCUAUCUAUCUAUCUCAGUCUGUUUGUAUCUAUCUAUCUCAGUCUGUUUGUAUCUAUCUAUCUCAGUCUGUUUGUAUCUAUCUAUCUCAGUCUGUAUCUAUCUAUCUAUCUAUCUCAGUCUGUAUCUAUCUAUCUAUCUAUCUCAGUCUGUUUGUAUCUAUCUCUCUAUCUCAGUCUGUUUGUAUCUAUCUAUCUCAGUCUGUUUGUAUCUAUCUAUCUCAGUCUGUUUGUAUCUAUCUAUCUAAGUCUGUUUGUAUCUAUCUAUCUAAGUCUGUUUGUAUCUAUCUAUCUCAGUCUGUUUGUAUCUAUCUAUCUCAGUCUGUCUAUCUAUCUAUCUAUCUAUCUAUCUAUCUAUCUAUCUAUCUAUCUAUCUCUCUAUACCAGUCUGUUUGUAUCUAUCUCUCUAUCCCAGUCUGUUUGUAUCUAUCUCUCUAUCUCAGUCUGUUUGUAUCUAUCUCUCUAUCUCAGUCUGUUUGUAUCUAUCUAUCUCAGUCUGUUUGUAUCUAUCUAUCUAUCUCAGUCUGUUUGUCUAUCUAUCUAUCUAUCUAUCUAUCUAUCUAUCUAUCUAUCUAUCUAUCUAUCUCAGUCUGUUUGUAUCUAUCUCUCUAUCACAAUCUGUUUGUAUCUAUCUAUCUCAGUCUGUUUGUAUCUAUCUAUCUAUCUAUCUCUCUAUCUCAGUCUGUUUGUAUCUAUCUCUCUAUCUCAGUCUGUUUGUAUCUAUCUAUCUAUCUAUCUAUCUAUCUAUCUAUCUCUCUAUCUCAUCUGUUUGUAUCUAUCUAUCUAUCUAUCUCAGUCUGUUUGUAUCUAUCUAUCUAUCUAUCUAUCUAUCUCAGUCUGUUUGUAUCUAUCUAUCUCAGUCUGUUUGUAUCUACCUAUCUCAGUCUGUUUGUAUCUAUCUAUCUAUCUAUCUCAGUCUGUUUGUAUCUAUCUCUCUAUCUCAGUCUGUUUGUAUCUAUCUAUCUCAGUCUGUUUGUAUCUAUCUAUCUCAGUCUGUUUGUAUCUAUCUCUCUAUCUCAGUCUGUUUGUAUCUAUCUCUCUAUCUCAGUCUGUUUGUAUCUAUCUAUCUCAGUCUGUUUGUAUCUAUCUAUCUCAGUCUGUCUAUCUAUCUAUCUAUCUAUCUAUCUAUCUAUCUAUCUAUCUCUCUAUCCCAGUCUGUUUGUAUCUAUCUCUCUAUCCCAGUCUGUUUGUAUCUAUCUCUCUAUCCCAGUCCGUUUGUAUCUAUCUAUCUAUCUCAGUCCGUUUGUAUCUAUCUAUCUAUCUCAGUCUGUUUGUAUCUAUCUAUCUCAGUCUGUUUGUAUCUAUCUAUCUAUCUAUCUAUCUAUCUAUCUAUCUCAGUCUGUUUGUAUCUAUCUAUCUCAGUCUGUUUGUAUCUAUCUAUCUAUCUAUCUAUCUAUCUAUCUAUCUAUAUCUAUCUAUCUAUCUCAGUCUGUUUGUAUCUAUCUAUCUAUCUCAGUCUGUUUGUAUCUAUCUAUCUAUCUCAGUCUGUUUGUAUCUAUCUAUCUAUCUCAGUCUGUUUGUAUCUAUCUAUCUAUCUAUCUCGGUCUGUUUGUAUCUAUCUAUCUGUCUAUCUCAGUCUGUUUGUAUCUAUCUAUCUCAGUCUGUUUGUAUCUAUCUCUCUAUCUCAGUCUGUUUGUAUCUAUCUAUCUAAGUCUGUUUGUAUCUAUCUAUCUCAGUCUGUCUAUCUAUCUAUCUAUCUAUCUAUCUAUCUAUCUAUCUAUCUAUCUAUCUCUCUAUCCCAGUCUGUUUGUAUCUAUCUCUCUAUCUCAGUCUGUUUGUAUCUAUCUCUCUAUCUCAGUCUGUUUGUAUCUAUCUCUCUAUCUCAGUCUGUUUGUAUCUAUCUCUCUAUCUCAGUCUGUUUGUAUCUAUCUCUCUAUCUCAGUCUGUUUGUAUCUAUCUCUCUAUCUCAGUCUGUUUGUAUCUAUCUAUCUCAGUCUGUUUGUAUCUAUCUAUCUAUCUCAGUCUGUUUGUAUCUAUCUAUCUCAGUCUGUUUGUAUCUAUCUAUCUCAGUCUGUUUGUAUCUAUCUAUCUAUCUAUCUCUCUAUCACAAUCUGUUUGUAUCUAUCUAUCUCAGUCUGUUUGUAUCUAUCUAUCUAUCUAUCUCUCUAUCUCAGUCUGUUUGUAUCUAUCUCUCUAUCUCAGUCUGUUUGUAUCUAUCUAUCUAUCUAUCUAUCUAUCUAUCUAUCUAUCUAUCUAUCUAUCUAUCUCUCUAUCUCAGUCUGUUUGUAUCUAUCUCUCUAUCUCAGUCUGUUUGUAUCUAUCUCUCUAUCUCAGUCUGUUUGUAUCUCUCUAUCUCAGUCUGUUUGUAUCUCUCUAUCUCAGUCUGUUUGUAUCUAUCUAUCUAUCUAUCUAUCUAUCUAUCUCAGUCUGUUUGUAUCUAUCUAUCUCAGUCUGUUUGUAUCUAUCUAUCUAUCUCGGUCUGUUUGUAUCUAUCUAUCUAUCUCAGUCUGUUUGUAUCUAUCUAUCUCAGUCUGUUUGUAUCUAUCUAUCUAUCUAUCUAUCUAUCUCAGUCUGUUUGUAUCUAUCUCUCUAUAUAUCUCAGUCUGUUUGUAUCUAUCUAUCUAUCUAUCUAUCUCAGUCUGUUUGUAUCUAUCUAUCUAUCUCAGUCUGUUUGUAUCUAUCUAUCUAUCUCAGUCUGUUUGUAUCUAUCUAUCUAUCUCAGUCUGUUUGUAUCUAUCUAUCUAUCUCAGUCUGUUUGUAUCUAUCUAUCUCAGUCUGUUUGUAUCUAUCUAUCUCAGUCUGUUUGUAUCUAUCUCUCUAUCUCAGUCUGUUUGUAUCUAUCUCUCUAUCUCAGUCUGUUUGUAUCUAUCUCUCUAUCUCAGUCUGUUUGUAUCUAUCUAUCUAUCUAUCUAUCAGUCGGUUUGUAUCUAUCUCUCUAUCUCAGUCUGUUUGUAUCUAUAUAUCUAUCUAUCUAUCUAUCUAUCUAUCUAUCUCAGUCUGUUUGUAUCUAUCUCUCUAUCUCAGUCUGUUUGUAUCUAUCUCUCUAUCUCAGUCUGUUUGUAUCUCUCUCUAUCUCAGUCUGUUUGUAUCUAUCUCUCUAUCUCAGUCUGUUUGUAUCUAUCUAAGUCUGUUUGUAUCUAUCUAUCUCAGUCUGUUUGUAUCUAUCUAUCUCAGUCUGUCUAUCUAUCUAUCUAUCUAUCUAUCUAUCUAUCUAUCUAUCUAUCUAUCACAGUCUGUUUGUAUCAUCUCUCUAUCUCAGUCUGUUUGUAUCUAUCUCUCUCUAUCUCAGUCUGUUUGUAUCUAUCUCUCUAUCUCAGUCUGUUUGUAUCUAUCUCUCAUCUAUCUAUCUAUCUCAGUCUGUUUGCAUCUAUCUCUCUAUCUCAGUCUGGUUGUAUCUAUCUCUCUAUCUCAGUCUGUUUGUAUCUAUCUAUCUCAGUCUGUUUGUAUCUAUCUAUCUAUCUCAGUCUGUUUGUAUCUAUCUAUCUAUCUAUCUAUCUAUCUAUCUAUCUAUCUCAGUCUGUUUGUAUCUAUCUCUCUAUCACAAUCUGUUUGUAUCUAUCUAUCUAUCUAUCUAUCUAUCUAUCUCUCUAUCUCAGUCUGUUUGUAUCUAUCUCUCUAUCUCAGUCUGUUUGUAUCUCUCUAUCUCAGUCUGUUUGUAUCUAUCUAUCUAUCUAUCUAUCUAUCUAUCUAUCUAUCUAUCUCAGUCUGUUUGUAUCUCUCUAUCUCAGUCUGUUUGUAUCUAUCUAUCUCAGUCUGUUUGUAUCUAUCUAUCUCAGUCUGUAUCUAUCUAUCUAUCUAUCUAUCUCAGUCUGUUUGUAUCUAUCUCUCUAUCUCAGUCUGUUUGUAUCUAUCUAUCUCAGUCUGUUUGUAUCUAUCUCUCUAUCUCAGUCUGUUUGUAUCUAUCUAUCUAAGUCUGUUUGUAUCUAUCUAUCUCAGUCUGUUUGUAUCUAUCUAUCUCAGUCUGUCUAUCUAUCUAUCUAUCUAUCUAUCUAUCUCUCUAUACCAGUCUGUUUGUAUCUAUCUCUCUAUCCCAGUCUGUUUGUAUCUAUCUCUCUAUCUCAGUCUGUUUGUAUCUAUCUCUCUAUCUCAGUCUGUUUGUAUCUAUCUCUCUAUCUCAGUCUGUUUGUAUCUAUCUCUCUAUCUCAGUCUGUUUGUAUCUAUCUCUCUAUCUCUCUCUAUCUCAGUCUGUUUGUAUCUAUCUCUCUAUCUCAGUCUGUUUGUAUCUAUCUCUCUAUCUCAGUCUGUUUGUAUCUAUCUAUCUCAGUCUGUUUGUAUCUAUCUAUCUAUCUCAGUCUGUUUGUAUCUAUCUAUCUAUCUCAGUCUGUUUGUAUCUAUCUAUCUAUCUAUCUAUCUAUCUAUCUAUCUAUCUCAGUCUGUUUGUAUCUAUCUCUCUAUCACAAUCUGUUUGUAUCUAUCUAUCUCAGUCUGUUUGUAUCUAUCUAUCUAUCUAUCUCUCUAUCUCAGUCUGUUUGUAUCUAUCUCUCUAUCUCAGUCUGUUUGUAUCUAUCUAUCUAUCUAUCUAUCUAUCUAUCUCUCUAUCUCAGUCUGUUUGUAUCUAUCUCUCUAUCUCAGUCUGUUUGUAUCUAUCUAUCUAUCUAUCUCAGUCUGUUUGUAUCUAUCUAUCUAUCUAUCUCAGUCUGUUUGUAUCUAUCUCAGUCUGUUUGUAUCUAUCUAUAUCAGUCUGUUUGUAUCUAUCUAUCUCAGUCUGUUUGUAUCUAUCUCUCUAUCUCAGUCUGUUUGUAUCUAUCUCUCUAUCUCAGUCUGUUUGUAUCUAUCUCUCUAUCUAAGUCUGUUUGUAUCUAUCUAUCUCAGUCUGUUUGUAUCUAUCUAUCUCAGUCUGUCUAUCUAUCUAUCUAUCUAUCUCUCUAUCCCAGUCUGUUUGUAUCUAUCUCUCUAUCCCAGUCUGUUUGUAUCUAUCUCUCUAUCUCAGUCUGUUUGUAUCUAUCUCUCUAUCUCAGUCUGUUUGUAUCUAUCUCUCUAUCUCAGUCUGUUUGUAUCUAUCUCUCUAUCUCAGUCUGUUUGUAUCUAUCUAUCUCUCCCAUCUAUCUAUCUAUCCCAGUCUGUUUGUAUCUAUCUAUCUAUCUCAGUCUGUUUGUAUCUAUCUCUCUAUCUCAGUCUGUUUGUAUCUAUCUAUCUCCAGUCUGUUUGUUUGUAUCUAUCUAUCUAUCUCAGUCUGUUUGUAUCUAUCUAUCUCAUCAGUCUGUUUGUAUCCAUCUAUCUCAGUCUGUUUGUAUCUAUCUCUCUAUCUCAGUCUGUUUGUAUCUCUCUAUCUCAGUCUGUUUGUAUCUCUCUAUCUCAGUAUGUUUGUAUCUAUCUAUCUAUCUAUCUCAGUCUGUUUGUAUCUAUCUAUCUCUCUAUCUAUCUAUCUAUCUCAGUCUGUUUGUAUCUCUCUAUCUAAAUCUGUAUCUAUCUCUCUAUCUCAGUCUGUUUGUAUCUAUCUCUCUAUCUCAGUCUGUUUGUAUCUAUCUAACUCUCUAUCUAUCUAUCUAUCUAUCUAUCUAUCUAUCUAUCUAUCUAUCUAUCUCAGUCUGUAUUUUAUCUAUCUAUCUAUCUAUCUAUCUCAGUCUGUAUUUUAUCUAUCUAUCUAUCUAUCUCAGUCUGUAUUUUAUCUAUCUAUCUAUCUAUCUCAGUCUGUAUUUUAUCUAUCUAUCUAUAUAUCUCAGUCUGUUUGUAUCUAUCUAUCCCUGUCUGUUUGUAUUUAUCUCUCUAUUUCAGUCUGUUUGCAUCUAUCUAUCUAUUUAUCUAUCUAUCUCAGUCUGUUUGUAUCUAUCUAUCUAUCUCAGUCUGUUUGUAUCUAUCUAUCUAUCUCAGUCUGUUUGUAUCUAUCUAUCUAUCUCAGUCUGUUUGUAUCUAUCUAUCUCAGUCUGUUUGUAUCUAUCUAUCUAUCUCAGUCUGUUUGUAUCUAUCUAUCUAUCUCAGUCUGUUUGUAUCUAUCUAUCUAUCUAUCUAUCUAUCUAUCUAUCUCAGUCUGUUUUUAUCUAUCUCUCUAUCACAAUCUGUUUGUAUCUAUCUCAGUCUGUUUGUAUCUAUCUAUCUAUCUAUCUCUCUAUCUCAGUCUGUUUGUAUCUAUCUCUCUAUCUCAGUCUGUUUGUAUCUAUCUAUCUAUCUAUCUAUCUAUCUCUCUAUCUCAGUCUGUUUGUAUCUCUCUAUCUCAGUCUGUUUGUAUCUAUCUAUCUAUCUAUCUAUCUCAGUCUGUUUGUAUCUAUCUAUCUCAGUCUGUUUGUAUCUAUCUAUCUCAGUCUGUUUGUAUCUAUCUAUCUCAGUCUGUUUGUAUCUAUCUCUCUAUCUCAGUCUGUUUGUAUCUAUCUAUCUAUCUCAGUCUGUUUGUAUCUAUCUAUCUAUCUCAGUCUGUUUGUAUCUAUCUAUCUCUAUCUCAGUCUGUUUGUAUCUAUCUAUCUAUCAGUCUGUUUGUUUAUCUCUAUCUAUCUAUCUAUCUAUCUCAGUCUGUUUGUAUCAUCUAUCUAUCUAUCUCUCUAUCUAUCUAUCUAUCUCAGUCUGUUUGUAUCUCUCUAUCUAUAUCUGUUUGUAUCUAUCUCUCUAUCUCAGUCUGUUUGUAUCUAUCUCUCUAUCUCAGUCUGUUUGUAUCUAUCUCUCUAUCUCAGUCUGUUUGUAUCUAUCUCUCUAUCUCAGUCUGUUUGUAUCUAUCUCUCUAUCUCAGUCUGUUUGUAUCUAUCUAACUCUCUAUCUAUCUAUUCAUCCAUCUAUCCAUCUAUCUAUCUAUCUCAUCUGUUUGUAUCUAUCUCUCUAUCUCAGUCUGUUUGUAUCUAUCUAACUCUCUAUCUAUCUAUCUAUCUAUCUAUCUAUCUAUCUAUCUAUCUAUCUCAGUCUGUAUUUUAUCUAUCUAUCUAUCUAUCUCAGUCUGUAUUUUAUCUAUCUAUCUAUCUAUCUCAGUCUGUAUUUUAUCUAUCUAUCUAUCUAUCUCAGUCUGUAUUUUAUCUAUCUAUCUCUGUCUGUUUGUAUUUAUCUCUCUAUUUCAGUCUGUUUGCAUCUAUCUAUCUAUUUAUCUAUCUAUCUCAGUCUGUUUGUAUCUAUCUAUCUAUCUCAGUCUGUUUGUAUCUCUCUAUCUCAGUCUGUUUGUAUCUAUCUAUCUAUCUCAGUCUGUUUGUAUCUAUCUAUCUAUCUCAGUCUGUUUGUAUCUAUCUAUCUAUCUAUCUAUCUAUCUAUCUCAGUCUGUUUGUAUCUAUCUAUCUAUCACAAUCUGUUUGUAUCUAUCUAUCUCAGUCUGUUUGUAUCUAUCUAUCUAUCUCUCUAUCUCAGUCUGUUUGUAUCUAUCUCUCUAUCUCAGUCUGUUUGUAUCUAUCUAUCUAUCUAUCUAUCUAUCUAUCUAUCUCUCUAUCUCAGUCUGUUUGUAUCUAUCUCUCUAUCUCAGUCUGUUUGUAUCUCUCUAUCUCAGUCUGUUUGUAUCUAUCUAUCUAUCUAUCUAUCUAUCUAUCUCAGUCUGUUUGUAUCUAUCUAUCUCAGUCUGUUUGUAUCUAUCUAUCUAUCUAUCUCAGUCUGUUUGUAUCUAUCUCUCUAUCACAAUCUGUUUGUAUCUAUCUAUCUCAGUCUGUUUGUAUCUAUCUAUCUAUCUAUCUAUCUCUCUAUCUCAGUCUGUUUGUAUCUAUCUCUCUAUCUCAGUCUGUUUGUAUCUAUCUAUCUAUCUAUCUAUCUAUCUCUCUAUCUCAGUCUGUUUGUAUCUAUCUCUCUAUCUCAGUCUGUUUGUAUCUAUCUAUCUAUCUAUCUAUCUCAGUCUGUUUGUAUCUAUCUAUCUCAGUCUGUUUGUAUCUAUCUAUCUCAGUCUGUUUGUAUCUAUCUAUCUAUCUCAGUCUGUUUGUAUCUAUCUAUCUAUCUCAGUCUGUUUGUAUCUAUCUAUCUAUCUCAGUCUGUUUGUAUCUAUCUAUCUAUCUCAGUCUGUUUGUAUUUAUCUAUCUAUCUAUCUCAGUCUGUUUGUAUCUAUCUAUCUCUCUAUCUAUCUAUCUAUCUCAGUCUGUUUGUAUCUCUCUAUCUAUAUCUGUUUGUAUCUAUCUCUCUAUCUCAGUCUGUUUGUAUCUAUCUCUCUAUCUCAGUCUGUUUGUAUCUAUCUCUCUAUCUCAGUCUGUUUGUAUCUAUCUCUCUAUCUCAGUCUGUUUGUAUCUAUCUAACUCUCUAUCUAUCUAUCUAUCUAUCUAUCUAUCUAUCUCAGUCUGUAUUUUAUCUAUCUAUCUAUCUAUCUCAGUCUGUUUGUAUCUAUCUAUCUAUAUAUCUCAGUCUGUUUGUAUCUAUCUAUCUCUGUCUGUUUGUAUUUAUCUCUCUAUUUCAGUCUGUUUGCAUCUAUCUAUCUAUUUAUCUAUCUAUCUCAGUCUGUUUGUAUCUAUCUAUCUAUCUAUCUCAGUCUGUUUGUAUCUAUCUAUCUAUCUCAGUCUGUUUGUAUCUAUCUAUCUAUCUCAGUCCGUUUGUAUCUAUCUAUCUAUCUCAGUCUAUAAAACGGCGUGUGACGACACAGAAAGAUCAUUAGGUGCGCUGAAGAAAUUAGCUUCGAACCCAGAAUGUCUUUCCGCGCUGUUGGAUGGUCUUGGAUCUUACAUGAGAACUGUGAUGGGCAUUACCGACCAAGCAGAGUGUCCGGGUGUUGAGAAAGCAAUCAAUGAACUGUUCAAUCAAAUCAUCCGGGUAAGUAAAUGUUUCUCGUCUAUCCAUAUAUCGAUCCAUACUGGUUGA